AUGUUGCCGCCGCCGGAUCGCGCCGGUACGGAACGCCGCCGGGGUCACGGCGCCCGCGCUUCCUCCGAGCCCCGCCCCCCCGCUCCGGGCGGCCGGACCUGGGACCCGCGGCGGGCGGGGGACUCGGGACUCGAGGCCUCCGGGACGCCGCCGCCCCCGCCCUGGGCAGCACCUGCAGGACGGGCCGCACGGGGGCCCGGAGACCCCCCAGCCCGGCCGCCGCCCCGGCUCUCCCUAGAUCACCGCCCGGGGCUUGAACCUCCACAGCACGGAGUUCCCAGCUCUGGCCGGCUCCAGGCCCCCCAGCCCGUACACCGCCCCCCAGCCCGUACACCGUCCCCCCAGCCCGUACACCGCCCCCCAUCCCCGCCCCCCAUCCCGUACACCGCCCCCCCAGCCCGUACACCGCCCCCCCCAUCCCGUACACCGCCCCCCCAGCCCGUACACCGUCCCCCCAUCCCGUACACCGCCCCCCCAGCCCGUACACCGUCCCCCCAUCCCGUACACCAUCCCCCCAGCCCGUACACCGUCCCCCCCAGCCCGUACACCGCCCCCCCAUCCCGUACACCAUCCCCCCAUCCCGUACACCAUCCCCCCCAGCCCGUACACCAUCCCCCCAUCUCUUACACCGUCCCCCCCAGCCCGUACACCGUCCCCCCAUCCCGUACACCGCCCCCCCAGCCCGUACACCAUCCCCCCAUCCCGUACACCAUCCCCCCAUCCCGUACACCGUCCCCCCAUCCCGUACACCGCCCCCCCAUCCCGUACACCGUCCCCCCAUCCCGUACACCGCCCCCCCAUCCCGUACACCAUCCCCCCCAGCCCGUACACCGCCCCCCCAGCCCGUACACCGUCCCCCCAUCCCGUACACCGUCCCCCCAUCCCGUACACCGUCCCCCCAUCCCGUACACCGCCCCCCCAGCCCGUACACCGUCCCCCCAUCCCGUACACCAUCCCCCCAGCCCGUACACCGCCCCCCCAUCCCGUACACCAUCCCCCCCAUCUCGUACACCAUCCCCCCCAGCCCGUACACCAUCCCCCCAUCUCUUACACCGUCCCCCCAGCCCGUACACCGUCCCCCCAUCCCGUACACCGCCCCCCCAGCCCGUACACCGCCCCCCCAGCCCGUACACCAUCUCCCCCAUCCCGUACACCGUCCCCCCAUCCCGUACACCGCCCCCCCAGCCCGUACACCGUCCCCCCAUCCCGUACACCGUCCCCCCAUCCCGUACACCGCCCCCCCAGCCCGUACACCGCCCCCCCAGCCCGUACACCGUCCCCCCAUCCCGUACACCGUCCCCCCCAGCCCGUACACCGCCCCCCAUCCCGUACACCGUCCCCCCAGCCCGUACACCGUCCCCCCAUCCCGUACACCGUCCCCCCAGCCCGUACACCAUCUCCCCCAUCCCGUACACCAUCCCCCCCAUCCCGUACACCAUCCCCCCAUCCCGUACACCAUCCCCCCCAUCCCGUACACCAUCCCCCCAUCCCGUACACCAUCCCCCCAUCCCGUACACCAUCCCCCCCAGCCCGUACACCAUCCCCCCAUCCCGUACACCAUCCCCCCAUCCCGUACACCGCCCCCCCAGCCCGUACACCAUCCCCCCAUCCCGUACACCAUCCCCCAUCCCGUACACCAUCCCCCCUAUCCCAUACGCCAUCCCCCCAUCCCGUACACCAUCCCCCCCGUCCCGUACACCGCCCCCCCCAGCCCGUACACCAUCCCCCCAUCCCGUACACCAUCCCCCCAUCCCGUACACCGCCCCCAUCCCGUACACCGUCCCCCCCAUCCUGUACACCAUCCCCCCCGCCUGUAUACCGCCCCCCAGCCGGUACACCGGCCCCCCUAUCCUAUACACCAUACCCCUCCAGCCCGUACACCGCCCCCCCAUCUCGUACACCCCCUUACACCUGCCCCCCCAUCUCGUACACCCCCGCCCCAGCCCGUACACCGGCUCCCCCACCGGCUCCCCCAGCCGGUGCACUGACCCCCCAUCUCGUACACCGGCCCCGCAUCCCUUACCCCGCCCCCCCCAGCCGGUACACCUCCUCCCCAGCCCUUACACCAUCCCCCCAGCCGGAGUCUACUGGCUGAAUCUGAAAUGCCACAUACUGGUUCUACCAAUCAUGUACACCAGCCGGGAGCUCUUGACUCAGAACAGCAAACGCAGAAAGCCGUGUGCUUCCUGGGUAACUGCAGGAGUAUUGCUGCUAGGUCAGCUCCUGCGGCAACAGUGA